AUGAAUCCCAUAAAAAUCUUUGGCUUCACUCCAUUAGGUGUUAUUUUAGCUGAACGAUUGACUUAUUCACUAUCUAAAAAAUCCGAAUGCUAUCCAGACGUUCAUCUUAUCGAGCAAAAAUCUUCUCUAUCGAUUGAUGUACAAUGGCAAAGUGUUAGUCUUUUGUGUUUAAUCAAUCUAUUAAAACAAUGUCGAAUGCUGCAAUCGAAUGAUUCAAAAAAGUUUGGUAUAAACAUACAAAGUAUAAAAAUGAACAAACAACUUCUGUAUUCAUAUAUCAAAUUAUCGACAGAACGUGUACAGAAAUAUUAUUUGAUUUUGUUAAAACAGCGUCAAAUUCAAUUCGAAUUAUCCAAUUAUUCGAUUGAUAACGACGAAAAUUUAAAAGAAAAUCUAUUGAAUUAUGUUCAUAAUGAUUCAAUUGAACGAUUGCUUAAUAUGGAUGAUUUUACAUUAGCAAUGAAAACGCCAUGGCAAUCAUAUUUUCGUUCAUCAUCACCGACAGAUAUGUCUAUAUUCGAUCAUGACAGUAAUUCAAUAUAUAUCACCUAUGUUCAGUCGUCUAAUCAUGAAUUCAAUCGUAGUCUUCGUCUUAAUGUAUUUCAUACUAUUUUUCAAUAUCUUCCAUCAUAUUCAUCAAUCAAACUCAUUGGUCCUGAUAUAUUUGCUUUUGAAUUAGCUUAUCUUCUAUCGACGAUGGGAUGUAAUCAAAUUUAUUUCUAUCGGAUGAAUCCAAAUGAAACAUUAGUACUGCCGAUUACUGAAACUAAUUCUAUUCUAGUCACGUUAUUUGAGAUUUUUUCGAAAUUUACUCAUAAACCAUUAGCAGACAUUGUCUCAUGGGCAAAUCAACGCCCAAUAUUACAUACAAUUGAAAAAUAUCAUCAAUUUCAGAUGAAUUUAAAUGCUGCCGGACAAUUAGAAUAUGAAGCAUUCAUUCAACCAUCGAUACCUUCUUAUCAAACGUCACACGAAACAAAGAAACAUAAACGAACAUAUUUAGAAACAUUCAAACAACAAGCUCAAGAAUCACUAACAAAAUUUAGUACAUCAAAUGUACAUAUCAAUAAAACUAAUAUUGAAAUUAAAGAAGAACCGUUGGAUUCUUUUGUUCCAUCUUCAACAUUUUUUGUUCUCAUUGAUAAAAUAACAUCAUCUGAUCUGAAAACAUAUCAAAAUCUACCGCCACCAUUUCCAAAUGCCAUUCGUACUUUUAAUAGUACUCCUGGUGCAUUGAUUUUUAAUAUAUAUGAAAGUUUACGAAGAAUUUCUAACGAUGAAACUAUUCCUCAGUUAACUAAUAUAUUUCUAUCAGUUGAUCGUGAACUGUGCGUUAUAAAAAAUCAAACAGCAAUUAAAGCUGAUCAUUUCGGAGCGGAUCAAAUUCUUCAAUCUCAACAACAUGAUUUAAAACGACCUGUAGAAAAUCUUCAUGAUUUACAUAAAAUUAUACAACGACCAGUCAAUGAAAUCGGUCAAUUAAUAUUAUAUGAAUCACAAUUAUUUCAAAAUGAUGCACUCGAUCUACAAUCACUAUUAUUACUAUUCAAUCCUCGAGAAGAAAUUCCUAAAAAUGAACUCAUGUUCCUAUUCCAUAAUGACUAUAAUUGGCAUAAUCUAAUAGUAUUGCCUGAUCAUAAAACAAAAAUACGAAACUAA